AUGGGAGCCCCGCCGCCAUCUGAUUCUUCCUACGUCUUCGACAGCUACGAGAACGGCAAGCCAAAAUGGGCGCCUGGCAAAGACCACCAGCGCGACUACCACGAGUAUCGUGAUAGCCGUCGAGGAGAUCAUCGUCGUCCUCGCAGAAAUAGGUACGACGAGGACGAGGGGCCUCCACCUCCACCGCCACAAGCACAAGCACAAGCGCAAGGCGCAUAUCCUCCACCCCCACCACCAGGACAAGAAGCACCGCCACCACCCAGAGAAGCACCUCGAGACCCUCGAGAUUCUCGAGACUCUCGGCCUCGCCAUCACCGCAGACAGCCCUCCUACUCCUCCGACUCCGACUCAGGCGGCCCACCCCCACCACGCCGCAGCAACCGCCGCGAAGAGCGCCCCCGCCACCACCGAGAGGACACCUACGACUCUUACGACGAAAACUACCCUCGCCGCCGCCGCGACCGCGAAUCCGGGCGCCGCGACCGCGACGGCUACAAAUCAGAAGGCUACAAGUCUGAAGGCUACAAAUCCGACCGCCGGCCCCGCGACCCUUACUACUCUGACCGCGACCGCGACCGUGACCGCGACCGUCGCGAGAAAUCCCGCGGCGACAGAGACCACCGCAGACAUCGUGAUGACCGCUACGACGACCAUCGCUACGACGACAUGUUUAACAGCCGCCCUGCGCGCCGCGAUAGUCGCUAUGACGAUAGACCGCCCCGCGAUAGUAGACGUGGGUACUAUGAUGGUUAUGAAGAUCGCUAUGGCGAUCGCAGGAGGAGCACGAGAGAUUCCAAGGCCAAGCCUGAGUGGCAGAGGCAGGCGCUGGGUAUGUUCAAGGACUAUGCGCUGCCGAUUAUUAAGAAGGAGGGGGCAAAGUAUGUGCAGAAGCAGAUGGCUAAUGGGUUUGGGAAGCGUUAA